AUAUACACAGUAACAAUAGAAAUACACAUUAUUGCAUCUUUCAAAUGAUUAAACAUGAGCAUACUGGAACAAAAGGGUACUUGGACCGAGGAUUCUUCUACAAAGUGCCAGAAAAAUGGAACAGGCGUGAGCGAAUCUGCCGUGGCGGAUCUGCCGGCUAUAAAAACAAGAAAGUCCUGGCAAAGACUAUGAAGAAAAACAGAGAAAGAGUGUGCCACAAAGAAAGGGAAUUCGUGUAUAAAUUCAAAGUAGGACGAGAAUGCUUGGAACUGAAGGUGCCCCUCCAAUUUCCAGUUCAAGAGAACGUCAGUCAUCUGCAUGGGCGUCUGAUGCCGUUGCACAAUUUGCCGUGCUUUGUAGAAAAUGACCUAAAAGAAGCUCUGAGCCAGUUUAUAGAGGAAGAAUCCCUGAGAGAUUAUGACAAAGAGGCUGAAGCCUCCCUGGAAGCUGUGAAGUCAGGGGAAGUGGACUUGCACCAGCUGGCAAGUAUGUGGGCCAAAGCUUACGCUGAGACCACUUUAGAGCAUGCGAGGCCAGAAGAGCCCAGCUGGGAUGAAGACUUUGCAGACGUGUACCAUGACCUCAUUCAUUCUCCUGCCUCUGAAACACUUCUAAAUCUGGAACACAAUUAUUUUGUUAGCAUCUCAGAACUAAUUGGUGAAAGAGAUGUGGAACUAAAAAAAUUAAGAGAAAGACAAGGUAUUGAAAUGGAAAAGGUGAUGCAAGAACUGGGAAAAUCACUCACAGAUCAAGAUGUGAAUUCGCUGGCUGCUCAGCAUUUUGAAUCCCAGCAAGACUUAGAGAAUAAAUGGUCAAAUGAGUUAAAACAGUCAACUGCCAUCCAAAAACAAGAGUAUCAGGAAUGGGUGAUAAAACUUCACCAAGACCUAAAAAACCCCAACAACAGCUCCCUCAGUGAAGAAAUUAAAGUUCAACCAAGUCAGUUCAGAGAAUCAGCAGAAACAAUUGGAAGGAUUUAUGAGGAACAAAGAAAACUAGAAGAAAGUUUCACCAUUCAUUUAGGAGCCCAGCUGAAGACCAUGCAUAAUUUGAGAUUGCUCAGAGCAGAUAUGCUGGACUUCUGUAAACAUAAAAGAAAUCAUCGAAGUGGUGUGAAACUCCAUCGGCUUCAGACAGCACUAUCACUUUAUUCCACAUCUCUUUGUGGCCUGGUUUUACUAGUAGAUAAUCGAAUUAAUUCUUAUAGUGGUAUUAAAAGAGAUUUUGCCACAGUUUGCCAAGAGUGUACUGACUUCCAUUUCCCCCGGAUUGAAGAGCAACUGGAAGUUGUCCAACAGGUGGUCCUCUAUGCCAGAACCCAGCGCAGGAGUAAGCUGAAGGAAUCACAUGAUUCUGGGAACCAAAAUGGAGGAUGUGACGAUAAAACUAAGAAUGCUGAGAGAAACUACUUAAAUAUUUUACCUGGAGAAUUUUACAUUACACGGCAUUCUAAUCUCUCAGAAAUCCAUGUUGCUUUUCAUCUUUGUGUGGAUGACAAUGUAAAAUCAGGAAAUAUCACGGCUCGGGAUCCAGCCAUUAUGGGACUGCGAAAUAUACUCAAAGUUUGCUGUACCCAUGACAUCACAACUAUAAGCAUUCCUCUCUUGUUGGUGCAUGAUAUGUCUGAGGAAAUGACUAUCCCCUGGUGCUUGAGGAGAGCCGAACUUGUGUUUAAGUGUGUCAAAGGGUUCAUGAUGGAAAUGGCUUCAUGGGAUGGUGGAAUUUCCAGAACCGUGCAGUUUCUGGUUCCACAGAGUAUUUCUGAAGAAAUGUUUUACCAGCUCAGUAACAUGCUGCCCCAGAUCUUCCGAGUUUCAUCCACGCUGACGCUGACAUCUAAGCACUAGACCCUAAUAGAUGGACGUGCUGGCAGAGGAGGACUGCAAAACUCUCCAGGAACUUGAGCUAUGCUGCGAUUCUGUCAAUAGAAAGAUGCCCAGAAAGAGAAGCUGCAGCCCGAGCCACAAAUCAAACCACCACACCACGUCUGUUCCACAUUCCAAAGCCUUCCAUCCCGCACGGAGCCAGUGGUCGGCCCCCGCCUUCCACAUGUAGGCUCUUUCUGAAAGAAUCUCUCUCUGUUCUACUGGUACCUCCCAUCUUGGAAUAUGGGUGUGUGAAAGCUUACAUAGUAUUACCCAUGUACAGUUACCCUAGGAGACUGUUUACUGCAUUUUUCGGGAAGACAUUUGAUUUGUAACAGGCUUGAGUUAUAUCAGGUGUAAGCCUUUAAAUUAAACAUAUAAGUAAAAUCUUCCUUGUCUGUGUGCCAAAUCAAAAUUAAAAAUCACUGUAAUAUACAUUGCAAAUAUGGAUUUCUUGUGCAAAUUGUAGAAACAAAUAUAUGAGACAAUUGUGCUUAUUGUUUUAAAUUCUCCUGCUUCAAACCCGUGCUUUUAAUCUACUCUUUCUAAGGUUGUUCGAGUUAGAAACGGCUUUGGAUUCUUUACCUCUGUCUCAGCUUCCCUCUGUGACCUUGCCUUGUCUAUUAAUAGCAUUUCAUGGGCUGGGAAAAUAGUGUGUUCUUUUUUGCAAGCCUGAUGUAAAGUUAUUCUAAACCAGCACCUGGCAGCAUUUUCGUCUUAUUAACAUGACAAUUGGACAAUGAGGAUCAUUUUUCUUUCUCUGUCUUUGGCCCUACAUUUCAGGCCCCUUAACCUUUCCUCUACUCCUUGCUUUCAGUUGCUGAUAACUAUGUCCCCACUUCGUCUUUACUGUGUAGCUUUCUUUUCCAUUGUCUUUCCUUGCAGUGCCACUUUCCCGGACACUACAUAUCACUCAUUAUCCCAUCUUUAAUAGAUUUCUGUGACUUGUGAUGACAUUAAACAAAGGCAU